AUGGCUGUCGUAGCGCUCUUUGGCCAGCAGGGGGCAGGGCAGCCCGUCCAUCACGCCAAGCGCACCCCAGGCUCCCUGGCGCUCCCCUGCUCUGCUGCAGACCAGCCCCGGCUGAGCUCCUUGUCCGGCCCGGGGAGGAAGGCGAGUAUAAGAACAAAACCCGGGGUAAAGGAGUGGUUCCAGGUCAUUGUUCCAGAAAUCCAAGCUGCAUCUGAACUGCCCGAGGAAAAGUGUACUCUAGCAGAGGGGCAGACCUUGAAAGUGGACUGUCCCAUCACCCACGACACGGAUUCCAACAGCCGGAAGGCUUGGCAGAGUCUGAAAGAUAAAGGGGAGGUCCAGACGCUGGCAAUCACAGAGAGUCUCGGGGGAGUUAGUCAAGUCCAGGUGGGGAGGUACUUCCUAAAAGACGUCCCCAGUGAGAGCAUGCUGCACGUCCAAAUGACCAACCUUCGAGUGGAGGACACAGGACUGUACUGAUGUGUGAUCUACCAGCCUCCCAAGGACCCCAUCAUCCUGUUCUCCCCUGUCCACCUGGUGGACCAAGAGAUGCAUCUGAGGGCCCUCCUGUGUGCUUCCAAAGCAGUGCUCCUCAGACCUUACUAUCCUUCAGGAACCCCUGGCUCAGGUGAGAAUCCUACCCAGAACUUGGCUCAGAUUCCCACCCUUCCUCCUAUCACCACCAAGUACUGAAGCAAGCUCCAUCCCAGCCCCAGGACUGUGACCCAACCCUUCCCCAUGUCAGCUACCAGCGUCUCCUCUCCUGGCCUCAAAGUCCCCCCCACAAAUGUGACAGAUGUCACCCGAGGAGUAAGAGAGGAAAAUAGCAUCUUCGCUGAAUUCCAGUGGCUCAGCCAACCCCUGAUGGUGUAG